GGAAUAAAGAAAAAUCGCCUAUAUAUAUAUAUUUAAUAUUUUUGCCCUUUCACUUCGAGAGAGAUCUCACUCUCCUCGCCGCCACCUAUUAUUCUCUCCCUCUCCCUCUCCCUCGAAAUCUCCCUCUCCGUCUACGUGAUUUCGAUCUCUCCGAUCGGAGAGAUGGCAGCAUCUGAUGCAGCCCCAACCCCUCAGAUGGUUGGCAAUGCUUUUGUGGAGCAGUAUUACUCUAUACUGCAUCAAGGGCCAGACCAAGUUCACAGAUUUUACCAAGAAGAUAGUGUCCUAAGUCGACCGGAAGAAGAUGGUACCAUGACUACCGUUACUACUACUGCUGAAAUUAAUAGGAAGAUACUCUCUCUGGAUUACACAAGCUUUAGGGUAGAGAUUCUGAGUGCUGAUGCUCAGCCAUCAUAUAAGGAUGGGGUAAUGGUUGUAGUGACUGGCUGCUUAACUGGAAGAGACAAUUUGAAAAGGAAGUUUACUCAGUCAUUUUUCCUAGCUCCACAGGACAAAGGCUUCUUUGUCUUUAAUGAUGUUUUUAGAUAUGUUGAUGAGUAUAAGUCAGUUGAUAUUGAUUCUGUGCCAGCAAAUGAUGCUGAGGAGAGUGUUCCAACAGAUGCUUUUACCUCAGAGCCCGAGCCCAAUCAAGUUCCUGAAGACAUUCCCCCUAGUCAACCUGCUAUUGUUGAUACUGACACUAACGUCAGCAAAGAAGUGAGUCAACCACUGGAGAAUGGAAACGUAUCAGUUACUGAAAAUGUGGUUCCUGUUAAUCAUGUUAAAGAGUCAAGUCAUCAGGAACAUAACUCUAGCACUGAGAAAGCUGCUUCUAAUACACAGGAGGAUGCUCCAAAGAAGUCUUUUGCAUCCAUUGUUAAUGCAUUGAAAGAUAAUGCUGCUCCCUUCCAUGUGAGGACUUCCCCGGUGAAACCUGUAGAACAACCACGUGUAACUAGUGUGCCUGCAUCUGAAGCACCAGCUCCUAGCACUGACAGUCCAUCAGAAAAGAAUAAUGAGAAUGGAGGUAAGGCUUAUGCAAUAUUUGUUGCGAAUUUGCCUAUGAAUGCAACAGUAGAACAACUGGACCGGGUGUUCAAGAAAUUUGGGCCCAUUAAACGUGAUGGUAUUCAAGUUAGAAGUAAUAAGCAACAGGGAUCUUGUUUUGGUUUUGUGGAAUUUGAAUCUGUUACUUCAAUGCAAAGCGCACUUGAGGCUUCUCCUCCUGUUACAUUGGACAACCGUAGACUUUCUAUCGAAGAAAGGCGAGCCAAUAAUGAUCGUGUCAAAUAUUCAUCUGGACGAAGUGGAUACCGAAAUGACAGAAAUGAUAACUUCAGGGGCCGUGGCAACUUUGGUGGCAGUCGUGGUGGCUAUGCUAGUAGGAAUGAUUUUGAGAAGCGAAGUGAUUUCUCUGGCCGACCUCGAGGUGGCAAUAAUACUGGGCGUACCAGCAAUGGAGAAACUAUGCCAAGGAGUUAUCAGAAUGGAGGAAAAGUCACUCGUCAACCAGUUAAAGUUUAAUAAACUUCUUCCUUUUGUUGGUAAUUGAGCUACAGCGGAAUUUUCUUAUAGGUAGAGCGGCAUCUAGGGAAAUUGGUUUGCAUUUGGAUUAGAUAAUUUUUCCUUUUUAGCUGUUAUGAUCCUUUUACUUCCUAGUUCUUUGUUUAAACAAAGUGAUUCCCCAUACCCCUCUCCCUCCUUUUCUGUCUUUUUUGAUAUCUUCCAAUUUUGUUACGUUUUGUAUCUAAUUUUCUGGAAUAAUUGUUUUGGAAUUG